CACGCUCCAAUUCUUUCUCAGUGACCACUUCAUACACCUCGGGGCUAUAGAUUGAUUAUAUUUCGCGCGAAAUCGGUUCAUAUUUGGAAUGAAACGGCCAGGAUAACAUCGACUGGGAACUCCUUUCAUCGGUGACACCAUUCCUACGAGCAUACAGGUCGUGACAACAUCACAUUCAACGUUAUACGCGAUUCGACGACGAGGAGACGCGAAAUGGAAACUUCAGCGACGAGGGGGAAGUAUUACUUGUGUCAUCGCAAGACUUUAAGAUUGUUCAGGGUCAGUGAAUCGUUCGUUACCGGUCAAAUAUAUCGUUAUUGAGAAUAUGCAAGAGCUUGACGACGAUGAAAUCCACUGUCUAGUACUUACAGAAGGACUUGAGGUUGACUUGUCACUCUCUAGGACUGAGGGAGUAUGAGACGAAGAGUACCAUUACCGAUUCGUUGACGGGUAGUGAUUUCUAUGAUCACCGAAAGAAGGAAUCAUCGAGAUAUCUAGCUUGGAGUCAUGGGGGAGCCCGGAGCCUCAAGCUUCGAGCCUAGUAAACUUAUCGAACCGAAGUUUAUGGUCAAAGAACACCGUUAACGCCCAUGCUCGACAUACGUAGGGAACGAUUGUCUUCGAUAUUGUUCAAGAGGAAGAGCCCGCGAGAUGUUCUACCACUCGGACUAGAUACUCAUUUUGUCAACAGAGAAGAUGUACAUGGCUAUCGAUACGACUUCCAUCGUGUACCCCAAGAUUACCGAUGUAAUUGGGAGCCUUUCCUCCAGUGACAACAACUUCACAAACCGUAUAAUCGUUACAACAGCCUAUUUAGAAGUUGUACCUGAUUAUUGAUACGAGUUCAGACAAGAUUAAUGAUGCAAUGUGGUCACAAACUUACUCCAACGUCCGCUCCCGGCCUUUUUGCACAUGCCGUCAAUGCCAAGGCAUGCAAUUUCCACUGGAGAUUUUGUUAUCUGUGGGGUGUCACUGGGGCAGCGAAUGGAACCAAUACCGACGACCUAGUCAACUUUGGUCGACGCCUUCAAAGCUAGAAGACUUAAAGUACUCCCAUGCUACAAAUAUAUAAAGCCGACGUUCCAGGUCCUUUCAUUGAUAUCGACCUUCAACAUCUCAUAACCAGCACCUGAUUAUGUCUCCGACCAUUCCGUUCUGGCCCUUUGUAAUCAUAACUGUUACUCUGGCCGCUACCUUCAUCUCCCUCCGCGCAAAAAAACGAAUUACUUACCCUCCUGGGCCCAGGCCUCGGCUUUUUGUGGGCAACUUAUUCGAUAUUCCCACGAGCAGUCCAUGGAAAACAUAUCGCAAGUGGGGUAAAAUUUACGGUGACCUGAUUCAUUUCGAAGUCAUCGGACAACAUACAGUUGUCGUCAACUCUCGUGAACUUGCUGACAGGAUGUUCGAGAAGCGCUCUCGAGUCUAUUCAGAUCGCCCUUUGAUUCCUAUGCUAGAUCUAUACGACUGGCUGGAUGAAUCUAGCCACCGGUUUAAUGCGGUAUGGACAGGAUUGGCGAAUGCAUAGAAGGCUUUAUAAAGAGGGAUUUCGGGCCACUGUGGUUCCAAACUACCAAGAUGUGCUUUCCUCCAAAGCCGAGCAAUUCGUGACGAACUUGCGGCAAAACCCUAAUUCGUUUGUGGACCAUAUAAGGACCUAUUCCGCCGCUACUAUAAUGGCAACUGUAUAUGGAUACGACAUCGCACCAACUAAUGACCGGUUUGUUGACCUCGCAGAACAGUCGGUCGGGACACUCUCAGAUGCUGUACAUCCAUCCACAGUUGUUGUGAACGUUCUGCCAUUCCUGCGCCAUCUUCCCCUUAAGUUCCCGAUUUUUAUGUUUCAACGGAUCGCACGAAGAACACGAGGAAUAUUAAAUGAAAUGCGGACUGUACCAUACGAUUUCGUCAAGAACAAUGUGUUAGCAGAAAAAGGGAAGUCUUCUUUCCUUGCCAAACUCUUAGAGGAUCAUACAAUCAAUGGCGGAGACAAACGCCAAGAAGAAGUGAUAAAAGAUGUUGUCACUACAGCAUACGUCGCUGGUGCAGAUACUACCGUUUCUGCACUUGUGACUUUUGUCCUCGCUAUGGCGCUACACCCAGAAAUUCAGAAACGGGCCCAAAAUAACCUCGAUGUCGUCGUAGGAAAAGGCCGGCUUCCGACUUAUGCGGAUUGUUCUGAUUUACCUUACAUUGAGGCCGUCUUGCGCGAAACGCUACGUUGGUCACCGGUCGUUCCUCUCGGUAUUUUUCAUGCCUCCUUUGUGGACGACAUGAUAGAUGGCCAUUUCAUUCCAAAAGGAACUACCGUCAUCAGUAACAUUUGGGCCAUGACUCGAGAUGAGACUGUCUACCCGGAACCUGAGUCUUUUAUUCCAGAUAGAUUCCUGACCGAAGACGGGACAUGCAAUGAGGACGAAAUGAUGCUCCCGUUCGGAUUUGGGAGGAGGAUUUGUGCAGGGCUACAUUUCGCCCGGUUGACAGUUUGGAUGGCGCUGGCAUCGAUCUUGUCUCAGUUUGAUAUCGGAGAACCCGAGGAUGAGACAGGGAGGCCAAUCAAGAGUUUGGCUGAUAUCGCCUACUCUGAUGGUCUCAUUAGCCAUACCAGCCCUUUUCGAUGUGCGAUCAAGCCACGGAUGAAGUAA